AUGAAAAUACCAGAAUUAGAUAUAUCGAUAUCAAAUAAAGUAAUAACUUCUACAAUUUUAUCCGACAAGGUUCAGUCUCCCACAACAGACAACAUAAUUAGCCUACCUCUCCUUCAUAAAAAAACAUCAUCAUCAUCGCUAAAUAGCAUAAUUUCACAUAACAAAAAUAUCACUAACAAUAAUGAUAAUAAAUUUAUAUUAUUAAAAAAGGUACAACCAUGGACUCCAUUUAUUGUUUGGGCUAUAUUAUCUUUGAUUACUUUAAGUAUAUUCUUGAUUUAUCAUAAAGAAAUUUUUUUAAUAUUAGAUAAAUUUGCUCAUACAGUUAAGUUAAUGGGUAUUUUUGGUGUGAUAAUAUUUUAUUUGAUGAUAUUUUUAACAACAUUUCCAUUAGUAAUUGGAUAUAGUACAUUAAUUACUCUAUCAGGGUUUAUAUUUGGAUUUGGUAUAGGAUUUCUUAUAUCAUAUAUAGCAGCACUUACAGGUGCUAUAACAGUAUUUUAUUUAAGUAGAAAAUGGUUUAAAAAAUAUGUUGGAAAAGUAUUGCGUAAACAUAAAUCUAUGAAUGCUAUUAUUAAAGCAGUUGAAAAAAAAGGAUUUAAGUUAUUAUUUUUAAUAAGAUUAGCACCUUAUCCUUAUAAUGUAUUAAAUACAUUAUUAUCAGCUACACAUUUAUCAUUAAAAACAUUUAUUGGAGCAACUGCUUUAUCCUUAUUUAAAUUAAUGAUACAUGUUUGGAUAGGUAGUAAAUUAUCAUCUUUUUCUAUACAAUAUACUUUUAAAGAAACUUCAGGAUUAUUAAAAGUAGGUUUAAUGAUUAUUGGAAUUGGUAUUGGUAUUGGCGUAAUAAUAUAUGUUUGGAUUAGUGCAAAAAAAGUAAUUAAAGAAGUUGAACAAGAUGAAAUUAUAAAUAAUAAUAAUAAAGAAAUAUAUAUACCAAUCAAUAAUAUUACUACUAUUAGACAUAGAAGAGGAAGUAGUAUUCAUCAAGAAUUUAUAAUUGAUAAUUUUAUAAUUAAUAAUGAAAAUACUAUUAUUGAAGAAAAUGAUGAUAAUAUCAAUGAAAAUAGUAAUAAUGAACAAUUUAAAUUAAUUAAUAAUAAUUAA